CUGAAGAAAAAUAACAUAUGUGCGCGUGAGAACAGGGUGUUGCCUAUGUAUAUAAUCGACCAGUAGUCAAAAAGAAAAGUAAUUAGAGUAUCUGGAUUAAAAGAUGAAGAAUUCAUUGGAGCACCUGGUAAUCUCUUCAGUGUUCAUUCUUUGCCUUUCGCUGACAUUUGCAAAUGGAAACUCUCAAACAGAAGACAACAUUUCACAGCUAUCAAAACUUUUCAGUAACUUGCAAGACAUCCAUGGAACAAAACAUAGUCAAGAGGAAAACACAAGGGAUCGACUACGAUCAGAUACCAGAAAACAACGCAGUGAAAUAGGAUUGAUUCUGGCUCUCGGUACUCCAGUGAACAUGGAGUCAAUGGCGGAUAGAGACAAAGUUAUGGAAGAGGACAAACACACAGACGACCUAGACAAAAGCGAUUGGGACAUUGAUUUUGAUGACGAGGAACAGGAAGUAGACAAGCGUCAAGGAGCCUGGGAUUAUGAAUAUGGUCUCGGGGGUGGUCGGUUUGGAAAGCGAUUUGAUUACUCUUUUGGUGGCGGCCGGUGGGGUAGGGAUACAGAUCAUGUGAAACAAGAAGAUAUUAACUGAGAAAAUUAUCAGAAUUCUUCCUUAUAGAUAAGCAUCUUUAGUUUCAAGUAUGUGUAAUUGAUAUUUUAAGUGUGAUCUUAAGUUUGAAACCAGAAAUCGAGAAUACUCAGUCGUACCUGAUAUUAAAUGAAAUUCAUCAAUUCAAAGCAUUUCUGCAGCAGUUUAUUGCAUGCGUUUUUAAACCAAGAUCAACUACCUUGCAUGAAUAAAGGGAGAAAGAUGUUUUCAUUUAAAAAAAAUAUACGCGCAAAAAUAUACUUAGCUGUUUGAAAUCGAUCAGAUUUUUUUAUCAUGAUUUGUAAUAAAGAUCCUUUCAUGUUUUUUUUUUAAAUUAAAUAUGUUUAAAAUGUUCAUUAUACACGAUAGUAGAAUAGGCUAUCAAUUCAUCAGAAAUACUGGAGACAAUUUAUUUAUCGCAUAUUUUAUAUG